GUGGUAUGUGUACGCGAUGGUUGGCACAUACUAUAUUUUAAUAUAAAAAUACUCGCGGUAAUAUCCAACAAUAUAUCAGAACGAUUAUCAGUCAUAACGAUUUUUAAAUGUUUUUUUUUGAUAAAAAAAAUAAUAUUUUCGUAUGGAACUAAAGAGCCGCAUCUUCACAUCCAAAGAGCCGCAGGUUGCCGACCUCUGUCCUAGACUAAUUAAAGGACCUUGGACACCAAAAGAGGAUGAAAAAAUCGUGGAAUUGGUCAAAAAAUAUGGCCCAAAAAAAUGGACAAUCAUAGCGAAAUAUUUGGACGGUCGAAUCGGUAAACAAUGUCGUGAAAGGUGGCAUAAUCAUCUGAAUCCCGAUAUUGUGAAAUCUGCAUGGACUGAUCAGGAAGAACGAACGAUCAUACAAGCACAUACUAUACAUGGCAAUCAAUGGGCAAAGAUUGCCAAGCUAUUACCCGGUCGAACUGAUAAUGCAAUCAAAAAUCAUUGGAAUUCUACAUUGAAACGUAAAGCUCAAGCUAUGAAAGAAGGUAUCCCAUUUGCCGAAUUCAAGAAACGUAUUAAAAAGAAAAAGACUUCAACUUUAACAACAACAACAACAACUAGUCCUAUGAAAAAAGUCGUCACAUCAACGUUGAUUUAUUCGAUCACAAAUGUGCCGAAUAACAACAACAAUAAUGAAACAAACGCUGUAAAUAGUACGUCAAAUACCGACGACGAUUUAAAUGAUUUUAGCGAUCUUUUCGAUUCGAGCCAAAGAGAAAUGCUUGAAUGUGAACUAUCCGAAAUACAGGAUGUUAAUGAUCUUGUUUCAGCCAUCAAAUCAUCACCAUUACGUAGUUUGAUGAUUUCACCCACUAAAAAUUCAACCCUGAUCAAUGAAGAUGAUCAUCAACAACGAAUCAACACUGAUGCUAGCUGCUAUAUUGAUGCAUUCAGUAGUGGAUAUCAAACACAGCCAGACAUGUCGAAUGUUUCAUCAUUCAUUUCGCCAAUCAAAAUGAAUAUGACUGAUAAUGGUGAACAUCAAUCGUCAGGAAAAAAACCAUUCACUCCGUUACAAUUUGAUACGCCCAUAUCAUCUAAAGUUAUUACGAAUUCAAUAUCAACACCAUACCUCUAUACACCACCAUCACAAUCGGAUCAUUCGAUUAUGAUGAUUAAAUCGAAAAAUAAAGAGAAUGUUUCACCUUUAAAAACAACGAUGAAUCAUGGUCGAUUAAAUCGAAAUAAACAGUAUGCAAUGAUGGAUGUAAUGCUAAGUAACAGUAGCAACCCAUUCAUCAAUUCAGGUGUUCGUUCGCCGACCACAGAAACGAAUGAAAAAAUACAAAUCGAAUCGAAUAGCGAGGAAAUUUUAUUUGAAACACCGAGUAAAUCAUUCAUUCAGGAUGAUCAAUUAUUCUCGCCACAAUCAUCAUUCGUCAUAUCGACAAUAUCACCCAAUAAAUGUAUGUCACCCGGUGUGGGAACAUUCUUGAAAAAGCAACCAGCAGUAUUAACAGUCAACAAGAAUAUCCUCCAUACAUCACCAACAGUAGCCAAUAAUAAUAACAAUGGUAUUAUUAGUCAAAUGGGACCACCACCAUCAUCAUCAUUGAUUGGCAAUAAAACAGAAGGUCAAUUGAACAGUAGUACACCAUACUCGAUGGCUAUCGAUAACAAUAAUGCAUCGAUAAUGGACAAUGGACAUAAUGAUGGUUAUAUACCAUUGACACCAAUGUCUAAUAUUUCUGUGAUAUCCAAUCCAUUCGAAUCCAAUAAUCAAGAUAUUACGCAAAACGUGAAUCAAUCAGUGGAACCAAAUACAUCGACAAUAAUUACAUUGACAAUGCCAUCAUCGUCAGUGGACACAACAGCUUAUUACCCCAUACAAUUGGUCAAUAUGGGACCGGAAAUCCCAUUUCAAACUGCAGCAAUACCAGAAUCGGACACAACAACCGAACCUCGACCAAAGAAGCCAUUGUACAUCUUACCAAAGAUGACCAAUACUACCAGCAGCGAAACAGCAGCAACAUUCACAAGAACAUUACCGAGCAGAGUUCGUCGUCGACGAAAACUUCGUACGACAAGAUCUCGAAUGCGUCUUUUUUCCUCGAACCAAGUCAAUUCGGAAUCAGAAACAACCAUGGCAAUCAGUCCGAUCACAUCGGACAACGAAUCGAACAUGGAACUGAAACAUUCCAGCAAUAUUGUGGCCAACAACAACCAAUGGUUUUUAUUGGCAACCGGACAAACAGCCGCACAGAAAGAGGUGACGAAACAAGCGCGAAUUUUUCUUCAAUCGAAAAACAAUGUUCCUCUUCAUUGUUUACCGGAACAACGACGUACACCGAUCGCUCCCUUCUUCGUAUGAACUGUCACAACAAAAAACAGUAAAAUCAUUCGAUAAUAAUUAUCAACUGACGAAAUACAUUUGAAAUUUUCAAAUGAAUCACUCGAAUCGAUUUUUUUACUUUGAAUUAAUCACACAUCAAACAAACUUUGAAGAAUAUUUUUCUCUUGUUUUUUUCAUUAUAUAUUGUUUUCAUAUUUUUUUCUUGCCCAUUUUUUUAAACAUUCUUUACCUUUAAUAAAAACGAAAUUCUUUUCAAAUUUUCGAUAAAAUCCUGGUUCAU